GAGAGAACGCGUAGAGCCCUCCCUCCCCGUUGGUCAGGACAGACAGUGGAGUCGAGUGAGAGCUGGAGCCGUUCAAUGGAGGAUAGAGCGUCAUCUGCGUCUAAUAUCUAAUUCAACUUUUUCAUGUCUUGUUAUUUGGUUGCACUUUUAGCGGCCCAGGCAUAUAAAUUGAGCCGCCAGAUCGUAACGCCCAAGCGAUUUAGCCACCAAAAUGUGUAAGAACCCAGACCGCCAGAGCAGAGAACCAUUGAAAGGGGAAUUAUUUGUGUGAAAUUAAAUCAUUGAUUGAAUCAAAAUAAAAAUAAAUUACAAACAAAAGAUAGAGAAGGAGAGGGCACACAAUUACCGUUCAGAAAAGGCAGUCUCCAGGCAACCACCAGUUUGUCGUUGGAGGUGCAGUCUCCUUGCGAAGACGAGAAGCAGCAUUUUACAAUGGGGGCGUUUCUGGACAAGCCGAAGACAGAGAAGCACACAGGCCACGGCUCUGGGAAUGGACUGCGCUUUGGGCUGAGCAGCAUGCAGGGCUGGCGCGUGGAGAUGGAGGAUGCCCACACGGCAGUGCUGGGGAUCCCACAUGGCCUGGACAACUGGUCCUUUUUCGCCGUCUAUGACGGGCACGCCGGCUCCCGGGUGGCCAACUACUGCUCCAAGCACCUCCUGGAACACAUCACGGGCAGCGAAGACUUCUGGGGCAUAGAAAAGCCGGGCACUGCCUUGGAACCCACGGUGGAGGGCGUCAAGAGCGGCAUCAGAACUGGCUUUUUGAAAAUCGACGAGUACAUGCGCAACUUCUCGGACCUGCGCAACGGCAUGGACCGCAGCGGAUCGACAGCGGUGGCCGUGCUCCUCUCUCCGGAGCACCUGUACUUUAUCAACUGCGGAGACUCGCGGGCCGUGCUGUACCGCAACUCGCAGGUCUGCUUCUCCACGCAGGACCACAAGCCCUGCAACCCCCGCGAGAAGGAGCGCAUCCAGAACGCGGGUGGCAGCGUGAUGAUCCAGCGGGUUAACGGCUCGCUGGCUGUGUCGCGCGCCCUCGGGGACUACGACUACAAGUGCGUGGACGGCAAGGGCCCCACGGAGCAGCUGGUGUCCCCCGAGCCCGAGGUGUACGAGAUUCCCAGGUGCGAGGAGGACGAGUUCGUGGUGCUGGCCUGCGACGGGAUCUGGGACGUCAUGAGCAACGAGGAGCUCUGCGAGUUCGUCAAGUCCAGGCUGGAGAUAAUGGACGACCUGGAGAAAGUGUGCAACUCCGUCGUGGACACCUGCUUACACAAGGGAAGUCGUGAUAACAUGAGUGUGGUGAUAGUUUGUUUCCCGAACGCUCCCAAGGUUUCAGAGGAGGCAGUGAAGAAGGAUGCUGAGCUGGAUAAGUACUUGGAGUCACGCGUGGAAGAAAUCAUUGAGAAGUCUGGUGAGGAGGGCAUUCCGGAGCUGGUUCAUGUAAUGCGCAACCUGUCUGUGGAGAUCAUCCCGAACCUGCCCCCAGGAGGAGGCCUGGCCAGCAAGCGCAGUGUAAUUGAAGCUGUGUACAGCAGGCUGAACCCACACCGGGAUGAGGAUGGGGAUCCUCCUGAAGCAGAGGACGACGGGACACCAGGCAAGCUGCGGGCUGCUUUCCGUGAGUUCAGAGUUAAUCGUAGGGGGAACUUCGGGCCAGCUGUGCAGGAGGCACCGUCUAGUGUCAGGCUAGCUGGAGAGCAGAGGGCAGCCCAGGAAGCAUCAGCAGCUUCUACUUCAGCACCAGCAGGACACCCCCAGGAGAAGACUGCGAGCCAGCCCUGAGACACUGACACACAUCCUGGGGAAAACACAAGAGUGCCGGAGAUCUGGAAGACCCAUGGUAGUCUAGGGAGAUAGAAUUAAAAAAAUAAAUAAAGAAUGUUCUGAAUGAAUUAUCGCAGAAGAAAUCUUUAUUUACAUUUUUUCUUCAAUACCAAGGAGAAAACUCAAAGGAUGGUUAACAUUAGGUGAGAUGGAUGUCCGGACAGACGGAAGAGCAUACAAGUUGGAAAAAAACGUUUUUACACCAGUUUUGUUCGUUUUUGUGUUUUUCUGAAUUAAAAAAAAAAAAAAAAAAAAGAUUUGCCACUACUAUAUCCAGUAUUCAUUGCACACCCUGGACUUUACUAAAUGUCAUCUGGUACCCGGCUGUUGGAUGACAGUACCAGCUGUCGGGCAGGUGAGAUCCAGAGUAAGCCAGGGUGCCAGGGACUCCAUUUCCACUGGGCAGACUCAAGCAUUCUCCUGUCACAGGACAUGCGCAUGUCAAAUCUCAAAGGGGCAUCACUUGUGUAGGGUUUAAAGGUUGAGCGCUUUUGCCCCGCUGUUUUUCCUGGCUCUGAGGAAACAUGCAUGUUGCCCAAUCCCUGUGCAUCUUCUCUCUGCACUGUGUUUGAUGUUGCCUACCUACCACUGGCUUUUGAGAUAUGAUUGCAUCUGGCCUUAAAACAACAAAAUGAGUAAAAUUAUACACACAAUAUAAUAGGGUAUUUAGUUCCCAUACAUGUUUACCAAAGCAUGUGCACAGUAGUAGAGGUAUGAGCUCUCUGCAGAACCUUUGGGACAAGCUAAAUAGGUUCAGUUACGCUCACCAUGAUGUCAAAUGUAAUUUACUGUCUCUUGUCUGUCUGUCCCUCUUCUCUUCCUACUCCCUCUCCUUCUCUUCCUACUUUCUCUCAGCCCCCCUCCCUACCCUUUCUUUCUCUUCCUCUCUAUCUCUCUCUCCCCCGUCUCUGAUGCAGAAGUUGGUUCUCACAGUCAACUUGCCUUUUUCUUAUAAUAUUGUAAUUUGUGGUUAUUUUUUGUUUUCCAUGUGGAUUUUCUGUAUGAUAACUUCAUCAUUAUUUUAGUUUAUUUUAUUAGAAUUACACAAUUUUUGUUUUUGCUUCAAGAUGAAGUCUUGUGUAAUAUGGGUAUUGUUUGGUUUGCAUUUAUAACAAACGCUAUAUAUAUAUAUAUAUAUAUAUAUAUAUAUAUAUAUAUAUAUAUAUAUAUAUAUAUAUAUAUAAUGUAAAAUAAAUAAGCAGAAAGCUAUGGGAUUACUUACUGUGUAUAGAGUUGAAAACAAAUUGCAGCAGAAAACCCCAGAAGCCAGCAAUUUGUUUUCAGUGGUUCCGUGACUCUUCGUUUAUUCUGUAAAGGACGUGGUGCAAAAGUGGUUCAUAUAUAAUGUAAGGUACUUGAAGAUUCCUAGUUUGAUUCUAUUUUUGCAAUAACCUUGAUUUUAGUGAAUGAUUUUGAGAUGUGCAUGUACUGAGUCCACAUAAUGGUGGUGAUGAUGAUUUGAGGGAAAGGGAAAAUAUGUAUCGAAGAAACAGACGCUGGGGCUAAGGAGAACAAUGAAUGUAUUCAUCUGUACACAAUAACAUCGACGAUGCUGGGGAUGCCUUGUGAAGAUUUCUUUCUCUUUCAUUAUGAUGUCAAUCCCCCUUGUGUGUAGUUUAAGCUGAGUGUCUUUAAUUGGAUUGUAUGAAAUUGAGUUCAUUGUCUUCUUGUUCUUUUCUUUUUUGUUGCUCUCCCUCUUUCUGCUCCUAAUUUAGGUCUGUGUGCUAGAACACUGCCUGUAUUUAAAAAAAAAUAAAGUUUGAAAAGUCAUCCUUUUUUGUGCGCACUGGUGCCUACAGUCACCUCCCCCCCCAUGUCCCCAUGUUGUUGUUUUUUUUGUGUAUCUAUGAUUAUUGGUAUAUAGUAUAAUUAUUGCCACAAUAUAUUUUAUUUAUUCAUAGAUUUUAGCCUUGUAAAUGACAAAUGUAAAAAUAAUAAUUAAUAAUAAUGGAAAAAAAUAAUGUUAGCAGGUGUAUUCUGUAUCCUGUGAUGGGACUUGUCUGGGUUGUAGGGUAGGGGGAUGGAGAGUACAAAAGUGGAUUGGAACUCGAGUCCUUUCUUGUACUGAUAGUUCCCAGUAUGAUAUUGUGAUGUUUCAUCCGAUACAGUGGACAUAACCACCUUGUUAUCUUCAAUAAAGGAUUGCUAAAGA